AUGGCGGAACAACAACUUAACGGCAACGGUAACGGCAGCACCGCCGUGACGGAGUUUCCCUGCAACGCCGAUGGCGUUUGCAUGGCGUGCAAAAAGACGCCUCUUGAAACUGACUCACUUUUCUGCAAAACUUGCGGAUCAAGAUGGCAUGUACCGUGUUUACCUGUUGUUCCGGUUAGUGUUGUUGAUUGGGAGUGUAGUGAUUGUGCUCUACCGGUUGAGAAUGCCGUUGCGUCUGCUCCGGCGCCGUCUGUUGCUGGCGAUCUUGUUUCUGCGAUACGUGCUAUUGAGAAUGAUGCUUCGCUUACUGAUGAGGAGAAGGCGAAGAAGCGUCAGGAGCUUGUUGGUGGAUCCGUGAAGCCGGUUGAGGAGAAUAACGCGACUAAGAGGAAUGGUGUGAUGGAUAUAUUUCAUAGCGGUUUGAAUUGCUCUACCUGUAUGUUAUUGCUCGAGAGGCCUGUUACGACUCCAUGUGGGCACAAUUUCUGCCUGAAGUGUUUUCAAAAAUGGAUUGGGCAAGGAAAGCGCACUUGCUCGAAUUGCAGGGCUGCAAUUCCAGCCAAGAUGGCUAGUAAUCCAAGGAUCAACGCUCAGUUGGCUAUGGCAAUUCGUAUGGCCAAGCUGGCCAAAUCAGAAACUGUUGGGGGAAGUUCUGCUCCAAAAGUUUAUCAUGUUGUUCAUAAUGAUGAGCGCCCUGAUCAGUGCUACACAACAGAGAGGGCCAAGAAAACUGGCAAGGCUAAUGCCUGCAGUGGUAAAAUCUUUGUGACAAUCCCAAAAGACCAUUUUGGACCAAUCCUUGCUGAGAAUGAUCCAAACAGGAACCGUGGGGUUCUUGUUGGUGAUACUUGGGAGGAUAGGAUGGAAUGCAGGCAAUGGGGAGCUCAUUUUCCCCAUGUUGCUGGGAUUGCUGGUCAGAGUAGUCAUGGUGCUCAAUCUGUUGCUCUUUCUGGUGGAUAUGUUGAUGAUGAAGACCAUGGUGAGUGGUUCCUUUAUACUGGUAGUGGUGGAAGGGAUCUUAGUGGUAACAAACGUACCAACAAAAAUCAGUCCUUUGAUCAGCAGUUUGAGAACAUGAAUGAGGCUUUGAGAGUCAGCUGCAAAAAAGGCUAUCCAGUUCGUGUUGUAAGGUCCCACAAGGAGAAACGUUCCAAUUAUGCACCUGAAGCUGGUGUGAGAUAUGAUGGGGUUUAUAGAAUUGAGAAAUGCUGGCGUAAAGUUGGACAGCAAGGUCACAAGGUUUGCAGGUACUUGUUUGUUAGGUGUGACAAUGAGCCAGCUCCAUGGACAAGUGACUUAAUUGGUGAUCGUCCCCGUAAACUUCCUACCAUCAAGGAAUUUAAGGGUGCAGUUGAUGUAACUGAAAGAAAGGGUGACCCAUCUUGGGACUUUGAUGAGGAAAAGGGCUGCUGGUUGUGGAAGAAGCCUCCACCACCAAGUAAGAAGCCUAUGAAUGUUGUGGAUCCUUUUGAUCCAACCAAAAUAAAAGUUGUCAAGCCAAAAGCACCAAAGGUGUCCUUCAAAAUCAAGGACAGGCUAUUGAAAGAGUUUGGUUGCAAUAUUUGCCGUAAGGUGUUGGCUUCCCCUCUUACUACACCUUGUGCUCACAACUUCUGCAAAGGUUGUCUGGAGGGUGCCUUUUCUGGCCAAAGUUAUAUCAGGAAUAGGAACACUAAAAGUGGACGUGCUUUGCGUACACAAAAGAACAUUAUGAAAUGCCCAACCUGUUCAACCGAUAUAGCUGAUUAUCUCCAGAAUCCACAGGUUAACAGGGAGAUGAUGGGUGUGAUAGAAUCACUGCAGCGUCAGGCUGAAGAGAUGGCAGAAAGUGCUGAAGAAUCAAGCAGUAAAAGUGAUGAAAAUCUGAAGCCAGAGGAGGAGAGUGAUGUUUCAAAACCCUCUGAUUCAGGUGAAGAAGUCUUGGAAGUGAUUAAGGAGAAUGAGAAGGAGGAGGAGGAGCCUCCACAGAAGAAGAGAAAAGGUGCCAGGGGCAAGGCUGUGGCGAAUGUGGAGGAACCACCUGUUGAUGCGGCAGAAGUGGCUAGCAAUGCAGUGGCUUGCAACUAA